AAUUAAAUUAUUACCUGCUGUAGAACAAUAAACUUCGAAACUUUCAAAGGGUCAAAAACAGUACUUUGUAGGCUAGUUUUGGUCGGUUCUUCUGGACGUUUCAGAACUCAGAGCAAGCUAACACCAAUACUCCGGCACAGUCGAAUCCAGCUCAUGUGCUUGGCUGAUUUAGAGUUCGAUUACAUCAAUCCUUAUGACUCUUCAUCACGGAUCAAUAAAGUUGUCUUGCCAGAAUUUAUCAUCCAAGGGCUUCUGUGCGUAUUCUAUCUAUUAACGGGGCAUUGGGUCAUGUCGCUCUUGUGUGCUCCAUAUUUAUACUACAAUGUGAGACUUUACACGGAGAGAAAGCACCUAGCAGAUGUUACGGAGAUAUUUAACAUGCUUCCCUGGGAGAAGAAGCAGCGCCUUUUUAAGCUUGGCUACGUUAUCGUUCUCCUCUUUUUCUCCAUGUUCUGGAUGAUCUGGUCAACAUUAGAUGAUAUGGAAGAUUAAUCGGAGACGGCAGCUUUCUUAACUCAAACUGCUGCUGUGCAUUGGACAUUGGCAU